GGAUGGAGGGAGUACUUUCUAUCUUCCCUGUCAGUCAGUUUUUUUAGCCUCAGAGAGACUCGCCAAUCUUUUUAAACCCCCAAAAUUUUAUACCGCACCGACCCCCUCUUAUGUAUAUAUAAUUCCAUAAAUCUCUCUGUAUCUCUCUCUCUUCAUCUCUUUCCCUGCCCUAGAACCUUCUUGAGAGGACCCCACCCCCCACCCCCCACCCCCACCCCUUUUGUAUUCCUCAGCUUUCUCUCUGUCUCUCUAGAACAAUCAAUUUGUUUCUCUUUCUGAAGUCGUAUUAUAUGGCUUCAGGUUCACCUUCACAAGCUAGUCUUCUCCUUCAGAAACAACUUAAAGAUCUCUGUAAACAUCCAGUAGAUGGAUUUUCAGCUGGUUUGGUUGAUGAAAGUAACUUAUUUGAAUGGAGUGUUACCAUUAUUGGACCUCAAGAUACUUUAUAUGAAGGGGGCUUCUUUAAUGCUAUCAUGAGCUUUCCUCCAAAUUACCCGAACAGUCCUCCAUCUGUAAAAUUUACCACAGAGAUCUGGCAUCCAAAUGUUUAUGCUGAUGGAAAGGUUUGUAUUUCAAUUCUUCACCCCCCUGGUGAUGAUCCAAACGGCUAUGAGCUUGCUAGUGAACGUUGGUCUCCUGUCCACACGGUGGAGAGUAUAGUUUUAAGCAUCAUAUCCAUGCUUUCAAGCCCUAAUGAUGAAUCUCCUGCUAAUGUGGAAGCUGCAAAGGAAUGGAGGGAAAAAAGAGAUGAUUUCAAGAAAAGGGUCAGUCGUUGUGUAAGACGAUCACAGGAAAUGAUUUAGACAGAAUGCUCCAAGGCAUUUUAUGAUGAAGCUGAGGAAGUGGUGUCGUCGUUCUUUUGACUGGCUGUUCAUUACUACAAAAUGUAGAAUUUGUUGACCGUUAGACAUUAUGUAUUGUGCCUUUCUGGUCUUGGCCAAGGGUUUUGUCAUUUUGACACUCUUCUUAUCUAUCUUUGAAGGUUAAUUGCCAUUUAUAUUUGUUGGAAAAAACUUUAUAUGUUGCUGAA